UCGUCUGCGCGCUCACGGGCCUCUGCAGAGCAAGGCUGCGGUUCCUGCUGCCCCCCUGCUGCCACGCACCCUCUCCCUGCCCCUGCUCUUGGCCCUGGCCCUGCCUGGCCCUGCCCCUGCCCCUGCCCCUUGCGUUCACACCGGCAGACACAAGUGUGACCGUUCGCCCAGGGCAGCCCCUUUGCAAGACAGCAACACUGCGCAGAGCAGGAGUCCCCGUGCGGCCCCAGACCAACGCCGUCCAGCCGCUGCUGGAAACCCUUCGGGGACAGACUCCACGGCUUCCCUGGGCUGAUGGUGCCACGGUCCAGCUGCUUGUAUGCCAGGGAGUUUGUCCUGCCCCUCGAUCUCAACCUGUUUGACUGCCAAUUAGCCCACGGCCUUGUGUCCUUCCUUGUGGGGCAAGAGGAAAUAACCUUUCUGCAUCUUCCUUAGGGCAGCCCUUCAUGCCGCUGCCCCAGGGCCGAGCUGGGGGCUUGAAAAGGGGGGUGCGGCUCCAUCACACAGGACACAGGAUAUGUCUCUCCAGCUGCAGGGAAACUCGAUGUGCUACUAAGAGGUGAGGGGUAGCGCUAGCUUGUUCAGUUCAAAAGUAGAGCAAAAACAAGUGACAUUAUUGGAGUGUGGGGUAAUCAGCUAGGUGUAUAUUACAUUUAAAAAACAACAUAACUACAGGUAGGUAAAAAGUAGUUAGAAGAUGCUGUGUGGUUUGUCUUGUCAUUAUAAUUCCUCACCUUUUAAUUAGGAUUCAGAAUGUGGCAGAAAUGCCACCGUGGGUGCCCCUCUCCAGAGACCUGUCUCAGCCAGCCUGGGAGGCUGGUGUUGAAUCCCUCAGGGCGGGGAUCUCCCACCUGGUCUACAUGACAAAAGCCUGGCGCCUGGGAGGCGAUGCUCUGGUCACCUGGGCAGGGGGGAAAGACCCGGCCCUGCGCGGGCCCAGGUAGCCAGGGAUGCUGGGGAGAUUGGUCAGCUUGUGGCCAGUAUUGGCAGCUUCGAUUGGACCGGGCUGCUGAGGUCAGAGAGGUGAUUUAAGGGCUCGGUCCAAGAAGAAGGGGAGGCAGCCAUUAGCCAUGCGGUCAUCCAGGUGAAUCUGAGCCUGGCUCUCUCCUCAUCACCGCAUGCUCCAAGAGUGCCCUGCCUCCAGAGGAAACUCCAACCACCUCUGGACAAUGUGAGUGAGUAAGCUACUAAAGAUCCGAUUAGAUAUUUAGUUUCAGUAACUCAGAUGCGUUUAAACGGCUACCUCAGCCACCCUGGUUUGCUCUAUGGGAUUCCUCUGAUAUUCCUGUAAGAUUUCUAUGAUAUUGCUCUACCUUUUACCCUGUUUCCACCCUACCCCUGUAAUCAAUAAAGUUCUCCUUGUGACCGGUGUGGGAGACUUAUUGAGGGGUGGGUCUAAAUUAUGCCAAGGAGGCCCCUUAGGUCUGUGGACUAAGGGAGACUUUCCUAAUAAGCCCCUGACUUGGGGAAGUGCCCCAAGUGCUGGUAUUGGGUCUAGGACCCAUUGGACGAUCAGGCCUGCGUUUUCCAAGGCGCGCAGAGCCAGAAGUGAGUCCAGAGCCUGGGAUGGUGGCAGCGGGAACCCCAGGCUAGUGGGUGUGCUCCAGGGAAGGGGUCGGCCGGACGGGAGGCACUCCGGGGAGGCACUCGGAGCCUGGAAGGUGGUCGGGCGCGGGGAGGUGGGCGGCUCAACGCAGGAGCGCCCCCGACUGGCCCGCCACACAGAAAACAACAUCUCACCUUCUUGAGCACCUUGGCAGUGCCACCACUACUUACUGCCAGUCAUUUCUACACCCGAGUCCAUACUGCCAUACCCGAGAUGAGUAUUUUAGCUACAGCCAGGCAAGGGUCUUUGGGCAGACGUGAUAUCUUUGAUCAGACCAACUGAGCAGUUGGAAAAAAGUUGCUGGCAAGCUUUCGGGCACAGUCGUCCUUUGUCAGGCAUCGGGAGUCUGCUGCUCUGAGACGCCAAGGAAUGAGAGAAGCUAAAGGUGCGGCAGGAUGUCAGGGAGAAGGUAAAUGGGUGGAAAUGAGAAAGAGAAAAGGUAAAGCGGGGAGGGGAGGGGAGGAGGGGAAAGGGAGGCAUCACAGCGAUAGAGUACAGGGUGGAAAAGAGGCUGUCAGUGAAAAAGAAAAUAGUUGGGGGUCAGGAAAACAGGAAUGAGAGAAGCUACAAUUGUGUGAGGAUGUAGUGAAAACAUACAAAGGAGAAAGAGAAGGUAAAGCGGGGAGGGAGGGGGAAGAAGGCAGGGCAUUAAAAAAGGCCAGAGGGAAACAAUACAGCGGCAGUAACACAAGGUACGGAAGAGGCUAACAAGGAAGAAGGAAAUGUUAGCAAAUCAGGGAGACAAAAGGCAAAAAAGUAGGGAGGGCAGGGGAGAAAAGGUGGGGAAAAGAGGAAUGUAAGAGGUCAGGUCGGGCAGGCACCUGGCAAAUCAGAUCAGUGGCGACGCGUAGGGGGUGCAUGGGGUGCAGUGCACCCCCUGAGAGCGCUGGUGCACCCCUGACAGCCAGCGCUCCCUGGUUAGGUGAUGGGCAGGAGGGGCGGGGGGGGAGGCAGGGAGUGGUGGACAGCAGGAGAAGCACCCCUGGUUGCUGACUGGCCACUGGGGGGGCCCAUGCCCCCCCGACCCAGGAGACAAUAGUCGCCCAUGAAUCUGAUGACAGGCAGACUGUAAUGUGUCCUAAACCUAACGUCUAUGUUGAGUCCGUGGUUUCUUGCAUCGAGUAGAUUCAUGAAGUGAAGGUCACGGGCUCGUCUGCGGAAGGGGUUUGCAAGUUCCCGUUGAGGACUGGAGCCGAGCGCUACAGCUGCAACCCGCCCAGCGCUGCGUAGCACAGACCUCACGAGGAACGGCUGGCGGACGGGGUAGUAUGAAUAGGGAACAUCGAGCCCAUUAGGAAGGUUGGAGGGUCGUUCACGCCUGUGGAGCGGAGAGAUUAGCCUGCACCGGGGAGAUGCACUGAGCCAUGAAGUCGGUUCGCUCUCUCAGCGCUGCCUGACAAAUGCAGCUGCCCCUAAACCAGCUGGUUUUACAGUUCGGGAGGAGCAGGCAUCAAAGGGGGUGCAAGUGCACCAGUGCCCCCCCCUUACAUCCACCCCAACUGUCUCGUCCCCCCCCACUUCCUUUUCUCCGCACUAAACGUGCCUAAACCUCCAAGCUCGCCUUGUCCAGCUGCACUCCAGCCUCUCGCCGCCUUUGUCUCUUGUCCCUCCACACCUGUGACUCUCCGCCUGCCUCCGUCUCCCCCAGCGACCCGCUUCCCCUGGCCUUGCUCGGCCGUGACCGUGGCAGCUGCUGCGGUGCCCUGCUCCCGGGGCCAGCACAGGUCUCCUCCGCCACCAAGCCCCAGCUCGGUCCCUGCCGUGCCGUCAGAGGCAGCUGGCGAGGAAGGGGAGACCACGCUAGACUCUGAGGCCACCCCGGGCCGUCUUCCAGCAACCCCUUCCCCCUGGGAGCUGGCAAGAGGAGCCACAGCCCCAGGACCCCGUCUUCCUGCCCUCCUUCCCAAGGCUGCCUCCCCAGCGUGCUCCCACAGCCCUCCCCGCUGAGGGGGAAGCCCACCAGGAGCUCGUCCGGCGCCGGCGUGCUGCUCUCCGCAGACACGUGCCGUGCUGUAGCCUGGCCGGAGGCUGCAGGCUGCUGUGGUGAGGCGGCCACUAACAAAGGUCGAACCUGUGUGUUUUUGCAGGGAUCUCACUGGGAACGCGGCCUGGGACGCCAGCGGGUGCGUGUGGUUUCGGUGCGGAGAUGAGUCUCCGGGAAGCCAUCGUGUGCUGCAAGGUAGGAAAUGAAAGACGAUGCUGUGUCUGUAACAUAUCCCACGAUGGCAGAGGUGUCCCCCUGGCCACAGGGAAGGACAGCAUUGCAGAAGCAGCGAGGCAGAGCGCGCUGGAUGUCCUGAGAGACGCCGUGAAGAAGAAGGACCGUGUGCUCAUGGAGACGCCCCAGCACCUGAUUUCCUGCGACUCCGAACAGCCCCAGUUCUGGAUGGAGCGGUACGCCGUCCUGACGGAGCAGCGGGUGAGAGACCUCAUCUCCGUGCUGGAGGAAGCCCAGUUCAUGGAGGAUCCUUCCAGGGAGAAGGUCUUGGCAUGGGUUAGACCAAAAUCUGGAGACAAAACCAUUUAUCUGUGUCCGCUGUUCUGGGAGGCUCCGAGUCACCUUGAAAAAGAUUCCCAGCCAGGGACUUUAAUCCACGAGGCCUCGCACUUCCUCGGCACGUGCGACAUCACCUACGAGCCAAUUGGCAUCUAUGUUUGCUGCGAGGGGCUGAUGGUGAAAAACAGCUCGACAGACCCAGAUAGUCCAAAAUUUGUUCCUCUGGUGCCUGCGGUGCUAAGUGCCAACAACGCGGAGUACGAGUUUGAACGGACCCUGCGGCACCGCGGAGACUACGCGCAGGGGAGAUACUCCUGCUGCGGGGAGCCGGCGAGGAGCUCCGUCUGCGAGAGCGCCGUGCCCGACGAGCUCCUCACGUGUUCAAACACCUGGCGUGAAUUAGAAGAGAUGAGCAUUGGUGAAAUACUGAGGAAGGAGCUGCUCUCGGCCCGGGACAGGCUGCAGCAGCACGUAGCGGCGCUCCAGGCAAUCGCCGACGCUGUGGACAAGGUUCACAGAGGAGCCACGAUAGCAAGCAUUACCGGAGGGACGGUGGGCAUCGCCGGCGGGAUCACCACCGUCGUGGGGCUCUGCCUCGCCCCCGUGACCUUCGGGGCAUCACUGAUCGUGUCCCUCACCGGGCUCGGCGUCUCCCUGGCAGGCGGGCUGACCAGCGCGGCAGCGACCACCACCGACGUGGUGCAGAGUCGGGUCAAGAAGGAGGAGAUCAACGGGCUCCUGGGCCAGUGCCAGGCUGAGGUGCAGCUAAUCCGGGAGUGCAUGAAAACCCUCUGUGAGAAACUACAGCAGGACUCAGGAAGCUACUUCAAUCCUGACCUGCUGCCCGAGAUCCCGCAGGUCGUGUCCGUAGCAGGACGGACCGUCCUCCACACCGUGAAAGCGGUCAGUGUUGGCAAACUGCUGGCUAGUGCCGGCCUCAUCGCAAGAAUUACUGCGCACGCCCUGACAGCCCUCACGCUGGGGCUGGACGUCUUCUUCGUAGCCAAGGACUCUGUCGAGCUUCACAAUGGCGCCAAGACGGAGCUGGCGAGCAAGAUCCGAGAGGCGGUCGCCGAACUGGAGCGAGUGAUCGACCAAGUCAACCAUGUGUAUGAGGUGCUGACCGGGGAGAAACCAGAGCUGGACCCCGAGGAAUAGUAACGGGCUCGGUCCAGCAGGGCCUGAGCAUCCAUCUCCAGUGGCCUCAGGUAGCGCCAAAGGGACUCAGGACCACGCACGACCCUGCACGUAUGACUAGCAAGGACAUGCAGACGGUGCGUCCCCCCCGGGCGCCCUCCCUGCAGGCACCAGACACGGCAGUCACUGGAAGGCCACAACGACAGGUGCAGACUGUGGACCUGCCCAAGGCCUAAUUUAUGGAUCAAAUCUGCACAAGCCUGUGCCCAUCGAAGUGCUCAGCAUCUAAUCACUGAGCAGCAGCUUGGCAAAGGGCAGAAAAUCUGUUGGUCGAGACCACCUGCUCGGAGCCAGGCCCGGGACAGGUAACCACUGUCUGGAAACUGCUAAGAGGAGUUCCCGGGAAGGACUGUGGCAACGUGGUGCUUUGUCUUUGAGCGUUGGAGCUGAGUGCUGACCUGACGGUGACAGGGCUGUUAGCAGAGCGGGGUGCUCUUGUCAGCUGGCCGUGGUCAGGUGGGAAUGCAGAACCGCUGCUUGCCACCCUUGCCCCUUUUCAAAGCGCCCCUGCCAAGCUAGAGAAGAGCAGCUCAAGCACAAGGCCCCUAAAAGAUGUUUCUGCAUGCAUCGGUGAUGUGUAAGGGGUGCACGUGGGUGCACUUGCACCCCGAGCUUGGCGGUGCAACCCCUGCAAAAAGCACCACUGACGCUGCUGCUGGGUGGUCGCUGCUCACUCCCCCGCCCCCCCCACGCACCUCACUGCCAAUACCGCCAGCGGCGUCUGCGGGCGGUCCCCGAGCGCCACUAGCCAACACUACUGGCAGCGUCUGUGGGUGGUUGCUGACCACUGGUCAGUGCUCGCCCGCCACCCACCCCGCUGCCAACGCUGCUGCGGCCACCUGCGGGAGCUGCCUGCUCGCCACCGACACUCCCACCACCGCCGCUCACCGUGCCCCCAGCCUCCAGGGCCACGCAGCGUUCGUGUCUGCGUGUGACCUGCGCUGCCACGCUAGACCGGGCAAUGCGCUGGAUUUCAGAUCCGCAAGGUGCCAGUGGUGAUGGGAACUCCCUCGGGGCGGGCAGGUCUGCUGACGGAGGUGUCCCAUGGAGGCGUAGCCCAGCUGUACUCCCUCCUCCGAUUGAAGGGGAUUGUUAGCCGACAGGUGUGCUGUAGGCGAAACUGCAGAUCACUCACAGGUGCCCUCUGUCCCGAGAGAAGCAGGCCAGGACAGGUAUAAAAUUUAACUAUGUACAAAUUUAUUAAUAUAUGUACAAGAUACAGGAAGAAAAAAAUAAAAUUAAUAUCUGUCUCUGUAUAUAUACACAGACACACUAUACAUACACACAUAGUACGUGUACACACAC